GAGAGAACAUAACCCGAACCCGCAAACCCCGCAAACCCCGGUAGGUUUUCCCUCCCUCCCGAUCCGAACUCCCCAACCCAAAAACCCGGCGGCGGCUGCUGCAGCGAUGGCGGCGGCGGCGAUGAACACGGACGUGGAGGCGGUGGACUUCGACUCCGACGACGAUGACCUCAUGGACGAGGAAGGCGCCAUCGAGCCCUCGCCGGCGCCCGCUCCCCGCCUCCGAUCCACCAUCGCUGGCGGCGGCGGCGGCGGCGACGGGCCCCGUAGGACCAAGGGCCGCGGCUUCCGUGAGGACCCCAACUCCUCCGCCGCGCCCCGCGACUCGCGCUUAGCGGGCGUCGGCCGCUCUGGCUUCGACGCCCUCGCCUCCGAUGGCGGCCCUGGCCCUGUACGGUCCAUUGAAGGGUGGAUUGUACUGGUUACUGGAGUUCAUGAAGAAGCUCAGGAAGAUGACCUUCACAAUAUUUUCCGGGGCUUUGGGGAAGUCAAGAACUUGCAUUUGAAUUUGGAUCGUCGGACUGGAUUUGUGAAGGGAUAUGCUCUGAUUGAAUAUGAGAACUUUGAAGAAGCCCAGGCUGCAAUAAAAGCAUCGGAUGGAACUGAGCUUCUUACACAAAUAAUAAGUGUUGAUUGGGCCUUUAGUAAUGGCCCUGCCAAACGUAGAAAUACUCGGAAGAGAUCACCGAGGGCUAAUCGCUCAAGGAGCCCACCGAGGAGAAGAUAUUGAUUGUUUCCCCACCAUGUUGCAUGAUGUUUAGGAGCAACGAAAUGCGAGAACCGUGGGGAUCCAGUUGUUUGCUUUGUCCUCUUAUUUGUAGUCCAACAACGGCCCUGCCUUCGUUGCGGUUUCGGUCCAUAACUGUAGCAGUUGUUUCCCAUCUUCAACUCCUUUGGUGUAUUGUGUUUAGUCAAUUGUAACCGCUGAUCUUGGAUCCAUGAUGUGUUGGGAUUUGACGUUUGUUUGCACACAAUGUGUUUGUGCCUGUGUUCCUUAUGAAGUUAUUAAAAAAUUUAGUAAA